UUGCAGCUCAAUAACUACAACAACACCACCAAACCUAAGUCUUAACGAAUCAACAGAAAGCAGUGUAGCUCAUGGGGAUGGAAUGUCAUUCCCAAGUUUAUCUACGAGCAAACCUACUUCAGUUUCCAGUACCCAGGUUGCAGAUAUUGCACACUUCCUGGAGCCAAACGAUAGCACUGAUUCUGAGAAGCAGAAUGGGAGCCCCUCUGGAAAAGAAAAUUCAACAGCCAGUGUGACAAGUACUGCCAGUUCAGGUUCAACUCUACCCAAUAAUGGGACCAAUAGCAGCAAUCCAAGGCCCAGUCCAGUUUUUGCCAUCCAGGCCAUAGUUAUCAGCACAGAUCAAGUGAAUUUAACCUGGGAGAACAAUGAUUCAGCUGCUGGUAACUAUACCUAUGAGAUAGAGAUUUUCAAAGAUGGAAGUUCAUUUCUCUGGCCUGAGAGACCCCAAAUCACGGAAGCUGUAAUUACAGGUUUAGAACCUGGUACACUCUAUAACUUCACAAUAUAUCCACUAGCACCAGAUAACACAACUAAAGGAGAUGGAAAUUCUGUGACCGUCUACACCAAGCCCAGUCCAGUUUUUGACAUCCAGCCCAUAGAUAUCAGGACAGAUCAAGUGAAUUUAACCUGGAAGAACAACGAUUCAGCUGCUGAUAGUUAUACCUAUGAGAUCUUAAGAGACGGAGCUUCAUUUCCAAAUAACACAAUAUUCCAAAAGAGGCAAGCUGUCAUUACAGGCUUAAAACCUGGUACUCUUUAUAAUUUCACAAUAUAUCCACUAGUGCCUGAUAACGCAACUAAAGGAGAUGGAAAUUCCACAACCGUGUACACUAAGCCCAGUCCAGUUUCUGCUAUCCAGGCCAUGAAUAUCAGGACAGAUCAAGUGAAUUUAACCUGGAAGAACAAUGAUUCAGCUGCUGAUAAUUAUACUUAUGAGAUAGAGAUUUUCGGAGAUGGAAAUUCAAUUCUCUGGCCUGAGAGACCCCAAAUCACGGAAGCUGUAAUUACAGGUUUAGAACCUGGUACACUCUAUAACUUCACAAUAUAUCCACUAGCGCCAGAUAACACAACUAAAGGAGAUGGAAAUUCCGUGACCGUCUACACCAAGCCCAGUCCAGUUUCUGCCAUCCAGGCUAUGAAUAUCAGGACAGAUCAAGUGAAUUUAACCUGGAAGAACAAUGAUUCAGCUGCUGAUAACUAUACCUAUGAGAUAGAGAUUUUCGGAGAUGGAAAUUCAAUUCUCUGGCCUGAGAGACCCCAAAUCACGGGAGCUGUAAUUAUAGGUUUAGAACCUGGUACACUCUAUAACUUCACAAUAUAUCCACUAGCGCCAGAUAACACAACUAAAGGAGAUGGAAAUUCCGUGACCGUCUACACCAAGCCCAGUCCAGUUUUUGCCAUCCAGGCCAUGAAUAUCAGGACAGAUCAAGUGAAUUUAACUUGGAAGAACAAUGAUUCAGCUGCUGAUAACUAUACCUAUGAGAUAGAGAUUUUCGGAGAUGGAAAUUCAAUUCUCUGGCCUGAGAGACCCCAAAUCACGGAAGCUGUAAUUACAGGUUUAGAACCUGGUACACUCUAUAACUUCACAAUAUAUCCGCUAGCGCCAGAUAACACAACUAAAGGAGUUGGAAAGUCCGUGACCGUCUACACCAAGCCCAGUCCAGUUUUUGGCAUCCAAGCUAUAGAUAUCAGCACAGAUUAUGUGAAUUUAACGUGGAAGAACAACGAUUCAGCUGCUGAUAAUUAUAUCUAUGUGAUAGAGUUUUUCAAACAUGGAACUUUCAUUAAUGAAACAUUCCCAAAGAGAGAAGCUGUUAUUAGAGGCUUAGAACCUGGUACAUCUUACAACUUCACAGUAUACCCGCUAGCAUUGGAUAAAAAGACACGCGGUUACUCAGAUUCUACAAGUGUCUGUACAAAUCCUGCACCACCGCGUGACUUUCAGUGUGAACAAGUGAUUAAAAAGCCUGAAUUAAAACUAAAUUGGCUAUGUCCUCUUGGCAAUAAUUCUGGCUUCCACAUAAAGCUAUCUAAUGGCACAUUGACCAAUGAAAGUUCGGCUUCAUCUUGUAAAUCAGGACAUGUAAAUACAAGUAUACAAAACUUAAAUUAUUAUACCACAUACUAUAUUAAUAUUACAACCCAUUCAUGUGGGAAAUACAGCCUUCCAAAGCAAAGAACAUGUGCUACAAGUAUUACUGACCCUCCUGCUCCAAGUGCACCCCCUACAAUUAUAGAAAUUGAUCACAAGUCGGUUAAAGUUCAGUUUAGUCCGUUUGAGUCUGAACAUGGACCCUUAAAGGCUUAUGCAGUCCUAAUCACAACCGCUAAUGAUAACAAGCCUUCAAAAAAUAACCUGAACUUGACAUACAGUGACUUCAAGAAAAAGAAAGCACAUACCUAUGUAACAUACGUUAUGAUCAUUGAACAUACAAGGGCUUCUCCCUCAGUCUCCAAAAGUCAGCCUUACACAGUUGUAGUAGGAAAUGCAACCACCACACUUUCUUAUUACAAUGGACCACUGGAGCCCUUUGUUUUAUACAGGGCUUGUGUUGCAGGUUUCACUGAUAUUACCUAUGCCAAUAAUAAAACCGGACCUAUUGUUGAAGAGAGGAGCUAUGUAUCAUUCACACCUUAUUCUGGAGCAUUCCAAGUACCCCAGAAUCCAGGCGUCAUUGCUGGAGCUGUUCUUGGUUCUAUUUUGUGCAUCUUGGCUGUACUUCUUGUAGUGGUCUUUGUUUUCUGGAGAAGGAGAAGGAAAAAUGGAAAAAAUAAUGAUGUGUCCUUUUCUCAGAUUAAACCUAAGAAGUCAAAGCCAAUUAAAGUUGAAAACUUUGAGUCCUACUUUAAGAAACAGCAAGCUGAUUCAAACUGUGGAUUUGCCGAAGAGUAUGAAGAACUGAGGCCUGUCGGUGUCCAUCAGCCUAAAUUUGCUGCUGAACUUACUGAGAACAGAGGAAAGAAUAGAUAUAAUAAUGUAUUGCCAUAUGACAUUUCUCGUGUUAAACUUUCAGCCCAAAGCCAUCCAACUGAUGAUUAUAUUAAUGCGAACUACAUGCCUGGAUACAAUUUAAGGAACGAAUUUAUUGCUGCACAAGGUCCCUUACCGAACACUCUGGAAGACUUCUGGCGGAUGAUUUGGGAAAAGAAUAUCUAUGCUGUUGUUAUGUUGACAAAAUGCAUUGAGCAAGGCAGGACAAAGUGUGAGCAGUAUUGGGCAGACAAACAACCCGUGAGUUAUGGUGAUAUUACUGUAACAAUGACUUCAGAGAUUGUCCUUGCAGAAUGGACAAUAAGGGACUUCACAAUAGAAGAUAAUAAUGAGACAGACAGUCACUGUGUACGCCAGUUCCAUUUCACUGCCUGGCCUGAUCAUGGUGUUCCAGAGACAACGGAACUUCUCAUUAGCUUUAGACAUCUUGUUGAGGAUUACACAAGGCAAAAUCCCCCAGAAUCUCCUACUCUGGUACACUGCAGUGCUGGUGUUGGAAGGACAGGUACUUUUAUUGCAAUUGACCGACUGAUCCAACAAAUAGAAAUGGAGAACACUGCUGAUGUGUAUGGUGUAGUGUAUGACCUUCGAAUGCAUCGGCCACUAAUGGUACAAACAGAGGACCAGUAUAUCUUCCUAAACCAAUGUGUUUUGGACAUUAUCAAAUCCCAGAGGGACAAAAAAGUGGACCUUAUCUACCAAAACACAACAGCAAUGGCAAUCUAUGAAAAUCUUGCACCAGUGCCCAAUUGUGGGAAGGCAAAUGGCUACUGUGCCUAACCAAACAGGAAGAUGAGUUACCAGGAGGCCAUUCUUCCCUUCACAAAGAAAAGGGAAAUGCACUGUUGUACAUGGUUUUGUACAGUUUUGUGUGUGACUAAUUUGAAGAUGUCAUGUAAAAAUGCUAGUGGGAGUUGCAGAAACUGUUAUUACAAUUAACAGAGGAAUUUUGUUUUCACGUGGGAACUUCACUCUACUUGUAAGUGAUGUAGUAUUGCAGGGUGAAUGAUGAACUAGAUUUAAAAUAUUAAAAGUAAUAAAUGACACAGGCUCUUUUUUAAUUGCAGUUUUAUAUGAUUUUCAUAUACAGAUACCAGACUGUGUUAAUAUAUUUAAUUAUAAAUGUCAGGAACAUAUUCUAUCUACUGUAUCUGGUUAUUUAGCUAUGAGCAUAUGCAUCUUUGAUUUGUUCUUAGCAUUCCUUUUUAUUUAAAAAAACAGAAAGGAGUACAAACAUCUACAAAUGGAUGUUUUAUAUAUAGCAAUUGUGCCUUUUCUAGUCAAGACUCUGUAGACAAAAACCAUCAGAGAUCUAUAUUUUUGUACUGAAACUCUUAGAUUGCAUAUAGAUUUUUAAAUAAGGCUAAUAUCAAGCUUUUAAUUGUAGUAACACUCUCCUACUUUUUUAGUGGUGAUCUGUCCUUUCACCACAACCCUCCAAGGCCUUAUAUCAUCACAGUGCCUCAGCUAGGGGAAGAGGAGGGUGGUGUGUUGCUCUGAGCUUUAACUACAGAGUGUGUGUGUGUGUGUGUGUGUGUGUGUGUGUGUGUGUGUGUGUGCGCGCGCGUGCAUGUGUGUAUGUGCACGUGAGAGAGAAGGGGAGCAAAUUCUCCUAUUUCUGGCUGAUUCUGUUUUUAUAGAGUCUAAAAUGAUUUAUUUAAAGGUGCAAUACAUAACUUACUGAAUAAUGAUGGCUCUAUUUUAAUAGAGUUUUACUCAGGUUGGUGUCUCUCGUUGUUGUUUUCCUUUAAAUAUAUAAAUCUGUGAAAGUUUCAGUCUGAGAAUUUAAGUGUCAAAGUACGCCCAAAUAGGUUCCUUGGCUUUACUCUCUUCACCAAAAGUAAAUGCACAAAAAUCUACUGUAUAUACCAGGUUCUAAAAUCUGUUGUUUUAUCCAGUCAAAACUGAGAUCUGUUUUUAUAUGUGUAUAUCUCAAAGUUAUAAUUUAAUUGUUUUUAUGUUUGCAAUAUGCUGCUGCUGUUUUAACUGAUUUAAAAAAAUAAUAAUAAUUUACCUGUUAAUUUUACAAGUUGAGGACUAAUUUGGAUUUAUUUUCCUGGUACAUGAAUGUUGAAUUAUGAAGGCAUUAUUGAUGAAGGAUUUAUUUCUAUCUACUUGCUCUGGCAGGACUGUGGGGUUGGGGUGGGCAGGUGGGCAUUUGUUCUUGGGAUCCAGUGCACUGGUUGCUUUGCAUAAGAGGUAUGAAGUUUCUGAACGUCCUAUGCAGUAACUUAAGUAGUUAAAAUCUUAUGAAGGGUUAAUGAACAGGGUCUUUGGGAUUCUGCUGGAUUUUUAAGCCAGUUUUUGUGGCAGUAACGACAAAAACAUAUGCAGAGUUGUAAAAAUGCGUGUGGCAUUAAGAUAAACACAUAGGAAACUUGGCCACCUGGUAGAGUCCACUGUUAGUUAAAGAAUUCUAUCGACUUUGGGUCCACAACUGUGCACCAGUAAUGAGAAGCAGGCCAUUUAAGUAAAAUUGAAGGGAGAACCGCAACAGUGUUUGUCCAUUAUUCAGAGCAGCCAUUUGUUUAUUGUAUUUUUCCCCCUUCUCUGAAAUGCUUUAAUAGUAUUCAAAUAAAUGCUUCUACCAGA